GAAUUUCUAAUCCUGGCGGUCGCUGUAAUAAGAAUGAUUGUGGAGUGGGAACAUGUGUGACUACAGAAGAAAGGGAUUUCUGCAUCUGUCCUAAUACACAUAUCUCUAAGGGAUUAAAAUGCAUAGACCUCUGUACAGCUAAGGAGUAUCCAAAAAGAGUCUGCCCCGGUGAAGAAUGUUUGCCAGACGAAAUAUUUGGCUUCAAGUGUAAAUGCGAAGGCAAAUUAACUUAUGAUAAAAAUGGUGUCACUUGCAGAAAAAAAGUGAUGUGUACCGAAGGUCGUGGAAUUAAAAUCUGUGCCACCAAAUCUGCUACUUGUGUAGAAGACUCUGAUGCUUCCGAUGGAUAUAGAUGUGAAUGUGGUAAGGAUCAAGAAAAAGAUUCUAAUGGUAUAUGCCAAGAAAAAUGUCAGCUACAGAAAUAUCAACAGCAGUGUGCCGAACGAUCGGCUAUAUGUGAUAUAAGUGGCCUCAAUAACUGCAAGUGUCCACCAUUGCUUUCAUUUGAUAAUCAAGAAAGAUGUACAAAAAUCGCUCAAGCAUCCUACACAGUGUUCUUCCAUUAGCUUCCACCCAUUAUAUGUCCAAGAUCCAAUAUUCACCUUCUAGGGUAGAAUCUGGAUCGCUUGUCGAUUAUCGUGCUAUCAGAAAAGAUCUCCAAGCCUCAAUGGAACUCCUGCUUGGUCCAAAUUACAAAUUUGCAGAUGUUCUGAGCUGCAACAAUUCCACAAGGACAUUAAAUUGCUCUAUGGAAGUUCAAUUCAAUUCUGAUCCCAAGGAACAGCUGAAACUUAUCACUGAACAAGGAACUUGUAUAUCCUUUGACUCAGAGUAUUGUUUCAUUCCUCCUGCACUAACACUGCGCAAAGCAGAAAUCAAGCCAGGCAUAAUUGCUCCAACAGAUCCUUGUACAGAUGAUAUAAAGAAUAAUAUAUGUAGCCCAGAAAUGGUUUGUGACAAAGCACAAGAUGGCUCUCGAAAUUUUAAAUGCAAAUGCUCCAAAGGUUUCUAUUCUUUGGGUUUCUACCAGCCUUUCUCCGAUAAACAAACAAUUAUCCACAAGUGCGAAGAUAUCAACGAAUGCUUACAACCGAAUGUAUGUCCAAAUGGAACAAGAUGCGUGAAUACUUACGGUAGUUUCGAAUGUCCUUGCAAGGAAGGAUACGCACCUCUCAAGGCAAUUGCGGAUACUAAACUCGUUGGCUGUGCAGAAAUGUGUGAUUCAAAGAUAUGCCUGCAUGGAACUUGUGAGAUAAUUGGAUCUCGAUUUCGAUGCAAGUGUGAUAGUGGUUAUUCUGGAUUUAACUGUGAUGUGGAAACCACAAUAGCAGAAAAUGAAGGAAUCCGUAUAGCUGUCACUAGCUGUAUAGCUGUUACAAUUUCCAGUAUAGUAGUACCUCUACUUCUUUUAACAAUAUUCAUAAUCCAUAAAUAUAGAACACUCAAGAAACGAACUUAUAAAUCGAACUAUUUAGAUGAUGAUUCUUCUUCUAUCUCCCUUGUAUCAAUGAGGAGAAGAAGGUGGACAUUUGUCUUUUAAAAUGUGCCAUUUUGAAGCGCUAAAGGAGAAAGCUUACUUUCUCACAUACUGAAACACGAAUUUUAUUAACAUAAUGGCAACUAUAAAAUGCCAAAAGACCCAGCAUAUUUUUUCUGCCAUUGCUAAGUAGUUAAUCAACCGGAUAAGAAGAAAAAUUGCUUUCUUAUUUCCUCCUCCCCCCUUAGUUUCCAUUAAUAUAGGUUUAAGAUUGAAAUUCCUUAUUCUAUAGCAUUUCCGAUUUUCAAAAUAACGUAGGAAGCCAUUAUUUUUCUCAUAUUCAUAACCAUUUUUGAAGAAUGUUUGGAAAACUUGCAAACAAAUGUUGGUAAAAUUAAAAUCCAGUUUUUUAAACUGAAUGUAAAGAUCUAAGCCUAUGAACAAACCAUUCGCAUGUCAUAGCCAUGACGUCACAUGUGUGCAUCAAUAUCUGAUAUUAUUUUCUUGUGUAUAAAAUCUGAAGUUCCAGCUACAAAUGAAUUCUGAAGUUCAUGCAAUGCGCUCCACGACAAUGAACUAAUUUGUAGUCUCUUGGCUAUAAUGACAUUAAAGAUAUGAAUAAAAUAACAAUUGCAAUAGAAAGUGAUAAAUAAUCGAACUGUAAUAAUUGUGAGGUAGCUUACAUCAUGAUAUUUUUGCAAUAUUGAUGCGUUUUAUGUGUGUAAAUAAUAUUAUUGUUUGCAUGUGAAUAAAAUUUUCAUUGUCAUGGU